CAACAGAAAAAACAAAGAAUAAAAGAAUCAAUAUAUCCAACAGAGAUACAGUAGCGUUUGCUAAUAUGUACACUAGUGGGUGCAGUAACUUCUUAGGACUCUGAGCGCCGCUGUUCACCUACUUGGAGAGAAUCACAGCAAGCACUCAGUCGGUAUUCUCACAUCUCCAACUGCACAAAGCCCCCACAAUUCCUACAAACUGGCUCCUGGGCUGCAACAGAAACUCACUCCGGAAUUUAAGGUGCGCAGGCUACAGAGAAUCCCUGCCGUCACAGAAAGAACAAGGAACCAGUUGAAAUAUACAGAGGGUCCCGGGAGGACUUCAGGAGAAUUUCGUGACCAGACAACAAUGGCUGCUGUGAGGAAGCUCUCCGACCACACCAAGCUGGUCCUCCUCUGCCUUUACCUGCAGAUGCCCUGGGAGUCCGGAGCCCGGCAGAUCCGCUAUUCCGUUCCUGAGGAGUUAGAGAAAGGCUCUUUCGUGGGUAACAUCUCCAAGGACCUGGGACUGGAGCCCCGGGAGCUAGCGGAGCGCGGAGUCCGCAUCGUCUCCAGAGGUAGGACGCAGCUUUUCUCUUUGAACCCGCGAAGCGGCAGCUUGGUCACAAAGGAAAGGAUAGACCGGGAGGAACUAUGCGCUCAGAGCGCACGGUGUUUGGUGAAUUUUAACAUCCUUUUGGAAGAUAGGGUGAAACUUUUCGGGAUAGAAAUAGAAGUAACGGAUAUCAAUGAUAAUGCCCCAAAAUUCCAAGCAGAAAAUCUGGACGUAAAGAUUAAUGAAAACGUCGCUCCAGGAAUGCGUUUUCCUCUCCCGGAAGCUAUUGAUCCGGAUGUGGGCGUGAACUCACUGCAGAGUUACCAGCUCAGCCCCAAUAAGCAUUUCUCACUAGGAGUUCAGAGUCGUGCCAAUGGCGUCAAGUACCCAGAGCUGGUGCUAGAGCACGCCCUAGAUCGAGAAGAAGAGGCCAUUCACCAUAUGGUUCUCACUGCUUCUGACGGAGGUAACCCUCUCAGAUCAGGCACUGUCCUCGUCACUGUGACUGUAUUUGAUGCAAAUGACAAUGCACCGAUAUUCACUUUGCCAGAGUAUCGAUUAAAUGUUCCAGAGAAUUUGCCUGUAGGCACUCAGUUGCUAACGGUCACCGCCACUGACAAGGAUGAAGGAGCCAAUGGAGAAGUAACCUAUUCCUUUCGAAAAUUACCUGACAUACAAUUGUCAAAAUUCCAACUAAACAAAAAUACUGGGGAAAUUAAAAUAUCUGAAAUUUUAGAUUAUGAAGAAACAAGCUUCUAUGAAAUAGAAAUACAGGCAGAAGAUGGAGGAGCAUAUAUUGCAACUGCAAAAGUGUUGAUUACCAUAGAAGAUAUAAAUGACAACAGUCCAGAGGUAACCAUCACAUCUCUGUUUAGUCCAGUGACUGAAGAUUCACCUCUGGGAACUGUCAUAGCCCUUUUAAACGUGCAUGAUUUAGACUCUGGGCAGAAUGGAGAGGUAACCUGUUCCAUCUCAAGUAAUCUACCAUUUAAGUUAGAAAAGUCUAUUGACAGUUAUUACAGAUUGGUGACACACCGAGCCCUUGACCGGGAACAGGUAUCCUUUUACAACAUCACAGUAACAGCCACAGAUGGUGGGAGUCCACCUCUGUCAACUGAAACUCACUUUACCCUGCAAGUGGCAGAUAUCAACGACAACCCACCAACCUUCUCUCACAUUUCCUACUUUACCUAUAUCCCAGAGAACAACCCUAGGGGUGCCUCCAUCUUUUCAGUGACAGCCCUUGAUCCAGACAGCAAAGAGAAUGCCCAGGUCAUUUACUCCCUGACUGAAGACACCAUCCAAGGGGCACCACUAUCCUCCUAUGUAUCUAUUAAUUCAGACACUGGCAUCCUGUAUGCACUACGAUCCUUUGACUAUGAACAAUUUCGUGAGCUAAAGAUGCAAGUAAUUGCCAGUGACAGUGGGAACCCACCACUCAGCAGCAAUGUGUCUCUGAGCCUAUUCGUGCUGGACAUGAAUGACAACACUCCUGAGAUCCUGUACCCUACCCUUCCCACUGAUGGCUCCACUGGGGUAGAGCUGGCACCCCGCUCUGCAGAGCCUGGAUACCUAGUGACCAAAGUGGUGGCAGUGGACAGAGACUCAGGACAGAAUGCCUGGCUGUCCUACCGCCUGCUCAAGGCCAGUGAGCCAGGGCUUUUUGUGGUGGGGCUGCAUACUGGUGAAGUGCGCACAGCAAGGGCCCUGCUAGACAGAGAUGCUCUCAAGCAGAGCCUUGUGGUGGUUGUGCAGGACCACGGCCAGCCACCACUCUCAUCCACCAUCACCCUCACUGUGGCUGUAGCUGACAGCAUUCCAGAUGUUUUGGCUGACUUAAGCAGCCUUGAACCCCCACAUGACCAUGAUGCUUCAGGCCUCACUCUGUACCUGGUGGUGGCCUUAGCUGCUGUCUCCUGUCUUUUUCUCACCUUCAUCAUCCUGCUGCUGGCACUCAGACUUUGGCGUUGGCACAAGUCUCACCUGCUCCAGACAGCAGGUGGAGGGUUAGCAGGUGUGCAUACCUCUCACUUUGUGGAUGUGGAUGGGGUGCGCACUUUCCUGCAGACCUAUUCCCAUGAGGUCUCCCUGACUGCAGACUCACGGAAGAGCCACAUUAUCUUUCCCCAGCCCAACUAUGCAGACACGCUUAUCAGCCAGGAGAGCUGUGAGAAAAAGGAUCCUUUGUCUUUGUUAGAUGAUUCAAAGUUUCCUAUAGAAGAUACUCCUUUGGUUCCAGUGAGUUCUAUUUUUACUUUUGCUUUCCUUUAAGCAAUUAUGGUUGAU